ACAGGUUUGAGGGUUGCCUUGGUAACGGCAAAUCGGAUGCAGCUUCCUGGUCACGCGAGGGCGCUGUCUCAAGCACGGCUCCAUCCUGUCCAGCAGCUCCGUUACCUACGUCACCACAUUUCACCGAAUGCUAUGGAACAGCGUGGAAAAGCGUGACGUCGAAAACACGGCAAGAAACUUAUGCAAGAUGAGAGAAGUGACUCUUGUGCUCGCAUCGUGUGUGUUUCUGUGUUUCCUCCCGAGCUGCAGCCAAGCAGCCAGACAGGGACAGGACAUCAGAUGUGGAGCGUGCAGGGCUGUCGUAGAUGAGAUGGAGUGGGCCAUUUCCCAGAUAGAUCCAAAGAAAAUGAUUCAGACGGGGUCCUUCAGGAUCAACCCCGACGGAAGCCAGUCGAUCAGGGAGGUUCCUCUGGCUCGCUCAGAAAGAAACCUCCUUGAGCUGAUGGAAAAUGUGUGCGAGAGGAUGGAAGACUAUGGGGAGCACAAAGAUUCUCUCACAAACAGACAUUCCUACUUAAGGAUAAAAUCUCGGAGUGGUGAAGCCAUGGACCUGUCGGAGGCCACGCUAGAUUCAAGAGUUACAUCCAGUCUAAAAUUUGCAUGUGAAACGAUUGUCGAGCAGAAUGAGGAUGAAAUCAUAGAAUUCUUUGCUCAUGAGACAGAUAAUGUCAAAGACAAACUCUGCAGCAAGAGGACAGACCUCUGUGACCACGCUUUGAAAAUACCCCAUGACGAACUUUGAUAUUGUCUUACCAUUCCUGUCGUCUCUCCUCUGCCCCUCAGAUGUUAGGUGCUGUAAUAUUUUCAGUUAUUCCUUCUCACUUGUGAACACUAGUUGUGGAGAAAGAUGUAAAAACAUGUAAAAUAAUAAAAGAUAGACCUGGAGAUGGGAAAAUCUGAGGACCAGUUCACCAUUUAUUACCUUUAUCUCUUCAAAUUUUUCUUGUCACAUGUUUACGUACUAAGUUAUUUUACUUAUGAAUAUUUUGCUUUAUUUAAAGACUCUUGUUUAGAAGGGUUCUUCACAUGAUCAACUCUUAACUGUGAAUGGGUGAAAUCAGACUUAGAGGAUUUCUUACAGGAUGCAUUGUGUAUACAUGGUUACUUUAAUUUAAGACAAGAACUCAGAGAUCAGGUAGCAUUUGGUCAAAUGGUCCUUCAGUCUUUAUUUGUAUCUCCAAAUAUACGUUUAAUUCAAAUAGCACAUUUGGUUUAGACAUGAACUCCAGUGCAUAGCAAGACCGUGGUGGUUUCUGCUAAUUAUUUAAUGAUUGGGCAUCUACACUGACUUUUUCACCAAUGAAAGUGGCAUUCGAUAAAAAGAUUAUUUCUGGCUUCAGUUGAGAGUUUUGAAUGCUGACUUAUAUUUAUUGAUCAGUUGAAAUGGUUUCAGCUCUGCCUUCUUGUUUAGGUAAAUAUCCCUUGUUAAAAAAAGUAGUGGUAACCGUAACUACGGUAGUUACACAUUUUCAGUUACUUGUCCAUCAGUGAAAAGCACACUCUUGAAAAAGAUGAAUCAAGUUUACCAAUCAGCCUCCAAUAUUGUUACUGUUUAAGUGAAAUGUAUUAAAAUUACAAGUAGGUGAAAUGUUGCUGCUGAGGAGGUGUGUGGAUGCUAUAUGCAUAUUUUUCAUGAACAAUGAUCCCACUUGAGAAAUGCACAGCUGAAGAUUCAGCAAGCAAAAAGGACAAUCAAGGACAAUUGUUAGACUUCAACCACUGCUUGGUGCAAAACUUUGAAUACAACCUUAAAUGUGUUGCCUCCAGUGGUACAUGAUUUCAAGCCAAAUAAAAAUAUAUUAAGUUAGUAAUAACCUGAAAAAAAGCUUAAUAGUAGGGGUCAGUGCCAACACAAAUUAUGAUUGAAAAAAAAAAUCAACUUUCUCCUCACGAUAACCUUUAAAUUGAGAGUAGAAAAAUAUACUUUUAGAAGAAAUGUUACAAAUCUUCUUUUCAUUGAACACUUUGAAACCUAGCUGCAAUACCCUUAAAUUGUGAAAUAUAAAGGGUUAUUUAUUAGUUUGGUAAGAACAGUUUUAUAUGGCAACACUAAAGACUGGUCAAACUAUUCUAAUGUAACUCCACUAGAGUGUGCCAGCACACCACAACCACCCAAUGAUAUAACACCUACUUAGUUAAACACAGUGUUGUACUGUCAACGACAAAGGUCUGGAAGUGUUUUUGGUAUCAUUUAUUUUUUUCAAUGUGUGAAAAAAUUGACCUUGCUGUCUCAUGUGAACAUUCUCCUGUAAUUCUUUUUUUAUAUAUAAAUUUUGUACGUUUUCUGCA